CUUGUCUCUCUCUCCCUCUCGCUCUCGUUCUCUCUCUCGAGCACCGCCCCCUUUCUUUUCCUUUUUCCUCCCUGGCUUCCACCUGCUUCACACUAGAGAUUCGCCAGAGCGCGUCAGUGCGCGUAAACCACGGGGAACGGAACGGAUCAGUACACAGUGCGCAUCCCUCUUCACCAUCCAGCUGCACUUUUCUUUUCCGCGUCGCAAAGAUUUGCCACAAUGUUGCUUUCUGCACUUUUAUCAUAAUCCAUCAAUGGAUUAAACCCGUGGAUGCAGAUGAAACCGAUCAUCAAAGAAGACAGAAGAAGAGGAUCAAACGAUCAAGGAGUUAUGUUUCAAACAGUCAUCUAUAAAGGGAGCCAUUAGCAUAUGUCAAGAGAGCAUUUACAUAAGGGCCAUAUUUAGGCUGGUGUUUCAGUACAGAGCCAGUCACAUCCAGAGAGCACAGGAGGAGAGAAGCCGCAUAAGCUUGUGUGCUGGAGUGCGUAAGAGAGAGUAUUGGAUACACAGGGGACCGGAGCAAAGGGGAGUAGCCUGGAAGGUCGAGAGAGCAUGUGCUAAAGCGAGAGCUAGAGAGAGAGAGAGCGAGAGAGAAUCGGAUGUAAACACGCAUUGACUGUCAAAGCCGCAAGCAGUGACUGCGCAAAACACUAGGGAAAGAGAAACCACAGGGGCUCUCCUCACGGCAACUUUUCUUCGACUGUCGGUGAUGGGUGCAGUCGGUGAGCUGGUGGGCAGCUUCUCUCACGGCUUGGAGAGCUUUGCGCACGGGUCUCAUUUCGUCCUCACGCCCCCCGGGGACUCCGGUGCUCUGGUGAACGAGCACAUCGUCUCCGCCGAGCGCCUGUCACGCAGCACUUCACCGGACCUGACGCAUCUGAAAGGGAUCCUCCGUCGGCGGCAGCUUUACUGCAGGACCGGCUUCCACCUCGAGAUAUUACAGGACGGUUCGGUGCAAGGCACGAGAAAAGACCACAGCAGAUUUGGUAUAUUGGAAUUCAUUAGCCUCGCUGUGGGGAUGGUGAGCAUCCGUGGCGUGGAUAGCGGAUUGUAUCUGGGAAUGAACAGCAAGGGUGAACUGUACGGAUCUGAAAAGCUGACAGCGGAGUGUGUGUUCAGGGAGCAGUUUGAGGAGAACUGGUACAACACUUACUCUUCGAACCUGUAUCGGCACGGCGAACGAGGAUCCCAUUAUUACGUAGCCCUCAACAAAGACGGAACGUCUCGGGAUGGAGCCCGCUCUCGGAGGCACCAGCGCUUCACGCAUUUCUUGCCACGGCCUGUGGAUCCAGAGCGCGUUCCUGAGCUCUACAAGGAGAUACUAGGUCACAGUUGAAACCACUGAACCUCAAAUUCAAACCCAAAAAAGCACCUGCAUGCCAUGCUCUUUAUCCCCCCCCCAAGACAGACCUGUCUCAGG